CCGCUACAACAGUGAACCUAUUCUCACUUAUCAAGUCAAAUCCAAAAUAAAAAAAAGAACUUUAAGGAAAAGUGUCAUAAAGGCAGCAGAAAUCGUUUUACUAAAAUUUGUGCAUAAAUUCAUUGAAAAAGAAGUUGUUAUCUGAAGUGCAUUUUAUAGUUUAGCUAGAGUAAAACAUACAAAUCGAGUCAAAAUGGUUGUAAAAGUAUAUAUAAGCGGAAUGUCCGGAAACAAAGAGGUCAAAAAACGACAACAGCGUGUCCUCAUGAUACUCGACAGCAAAAGCAUAAAAUAUGACAUUAUCGAUAUCACCGAGCCGGGCAAAGAGACCGAAAAGGAAAUGAUGCAAGAAAAAUCAACGCACAAAGGUGGAACCGUCAGCGAUCCAAAUCCCCGUCAUGCCUUACCGCCACAACUAUUUUAUGACGAUGAAUACUGUGGCGAUUACGAUGAAUUCGAUUUGGCCAAUGAAAUCGACAAAUUGGAAGUGUUUUUGAAAAUGGCACCCGAAGAAAUUGAAUCUGUAUCAACUGCCCAGAUCGAAUUGAGUACUGCGAAGAAGGAGAAUGGCGACGCGGACGAGAAUAAAGAAAACGAUUCUGAGAACAAAGAGAACGAAGACGAAAAUGGGGAGAAAAAGGAGGAUAAUAGCGAAGAGAACAAAGAAGACGAUGGCGAGGAGAAAAAGGAGGAGGAUGGCGAGGAGAAAAAGGAGGAGGAUGGCGAGGAGAAAAAGGAGGAGGAUGGUGAGGAGAAAAAAGAAGAGGAUGGCGAAGAAAAGAAAGAAGACGACGCUGGAGAAAAGACAGACGAAACAGAUGGCGAAAAAACAGAAAAGAGUGAAGAGGACAAAGGUGAAACGAAUGAAAAUGGGGAAAAAGUUAAUGGCGAAGCUGAUUCAAAGGAUGAUGAAACUAAAGAUGAGUCAGGUGAUGCUAAUGGUGAUGCGACUACCAAGGAUGCGACUACCAGCGAAGGAUCAACCGAAAUCAAAGAGAAAACUGAAACAAAUGAGGACGAAAGUAGUGCAGAAAAAACAACAGAAAAGGCCGAGAAUGAAACCAAAUCGACUGAUGACGAUGCAGCUGAUAAAGUGGGAAAUGAUGACUCGGAACAAAACACUGACGAAAACACACCGACCGGCGAUGAACAAAAAACUGAAUCGAAUACAGCUACAGACACACCUAAAGAAAACACAGAAACGGAGGACGUGGACGAUAUUUGGGGUAAUGAAGAUGACGAAGGUACAAAAACAAAAAAACCUGUUGAAGAUGCCGUAGAAGAAACAAACGAUGCAUCCAAACAAGAGUCCACCGAAGAAUCUAAAGAUGAACCCAAUGACGAAUCCAAAGACGACGUAGACGAUGUUUGGGGAAACGAUGAUGACAAUGAGGAAACGAAAAAGCCUGCCAAUAGUGAUGAACUGGUUGUGGAAAAGUCCGUUGACGAUGAUGUGCCUGCUGAUGAUGAUAAUAAAGACGAUGACAGCCAACCCGAACAACCUGAAUCCAAAGAGACUGAAAGCAAUGAAAACGCAGAAAAAAAUGAGGACGAUGCAAAAAGUGAAGGAGACAGUGAAAAUGAAGAUGACGAAAAAUCGUCACAUUCUGAUAAGGCUCCUUCACACAAGGACGACGAUGAUGGACAAGAAUCUGAGGAAUCUGACGAUGAGGAAGCUAAAUCGACCAAUGGACAUACUGCUGAAGACACUGCGCUGACUGACUCGGAGAAGUUAAUUCAAAGCGAACAAGAUGCUGCCUAAAUUUCAACAUGAAAUGACAAACUUCGUUGUAUAUUCAAUACUUUCAUUCAACCGGUAAUGUAAGCUGAUAGCUGAAUUUUUUAAUGGUUCGGACUUAAGUUUACAUUUCUUUCCUUUUUUAUCGAAGCAAAUUUGUACAAGAUAAAUGGGUUGUAAGAAAACUGUAUCUUCAUACUACUCUAAGAUAUGUUGAAUUCUCUUUUUGAAAAAUAAAAUUUAAGAAAUUUAA